UGAAUCGCUAUUAAUUCGCUCUCAGCAGACGUUCAUCUUUUGAUCAGAGAAGAUUUGUUCGUGUAUAUAUUUUUUGGUGUUUGCCACACACGGAACAACUACAACAGCAUCAAUAGGAAGGAAGGUUUAUUACAUUGUGAAAAAACAACAGAAACCAAACUAAGCAAUUUGCAUAUAAAAGCUUUGCGAUAAAGGAAACUUCAAGAUUAUUUUUUCUUAAAUUAACGAAACAAUUAAUUCUUCACGUCUUCAUUAAACAAGUGGAAAAACAAAAACAAAACAACAACCACGAAAACAAAAAAAUUGAUAAAUAAUUAAACGUCACUAUAUAGCAAUAAUUAAUUAACUAUAUUUAUAAGUGUUGUUAAUUAAUUAAUUAAUCUUUUAAGAUUAUAUAAUUGUUAAAUUGAGUAAAUUUAUUUUUUAAGAAACCAAGCAAAUAACCAACAGAACUCACGCAAUCGUUUCUGAUUGAUACGUAUAUCGAUAUAUAGUGAGAUAUCGAUAAAUUACUGAUAAAAUUCAUUGAUAAAUUAUUGAUAUAUUUAUGUAUUGCAAAGAGUUGAUGACUUCAGGACCAAACGCAAAAAUGUUGACGAAAUCUCAAGUUAGACACCCAGAAAAAGAAUUGAAAGAGCUUCGCGAAGCCUUUCGAUUCUUGGACAUUAAUGGGGAUGGAACAGUAUCUGUCCAUGAACUUCGCACAAUUAUGCACAGUCUUGGGCAUUUUCCAUCAACUGAGGAAUUGAGACAAGUACUCCGAGACCACAAUUUCACAGGUGAUGGCUUUUUGACAUUUGAUGAAUUUGUUGGCACAAUGGCUAGUUAUGUUGGAUUUUCAACAUCAGAACAUGAGAAGGAACUCCGGGAAACAUUUAAGUAUUUUGACAGAUCAGGGCGAGGUUUCAUUUCUUCAGACGACCUUCGAACUGUUCUUGAAUGUCUUGGAGAAGAUAUAACUGAAGAAGAACUCGAAGAGAUGAUAGCAGAGGUGGACAUUAAUGGCGAUGGAAGGAUUGAUUUCGAAGAAUUUAUCGCUUGCCUAAAAGAACAUGAUGACCGGCGGUGGUCAGUCAGUGUUGACUUAUCUCCAGACAAUCGGACACUGAAAUAAAAAUCUAAUGAUAAUUCUAAUAACUUAAAUUAGUCGUAUGAGAAAUCAUAUGGUCUUUUCUAUUUUUUUCCUUAAUAGAGCCUUUAUCCUCUCAGUAACGGUAGCGUCACAAACGCUUGCUCUAUUGGCGGGAAAAACAACAACAGCAAACAACACAACAGACACAGAGACAGCAUUUUUCCUGGGGCUGUGUGAAUAAUAAAUUACAUGUAAAUGCUUAUUGAAGAGUUCUUCGAUAUUCGGUAACGGACAGAUUCUAAACUAGCGCGGCAUUUAGGCUGAGAUGAGGGGCAGGAUCAAACAAAGUAAAAAAGCAGAAAUGAUUAAAGAAAAGGAAGAAGAGACUAAAACAUUACGAGGAGAGAAUAAAAUAGAAAGAAAGAAAAAAAGGAAGGAAGAAAUGAAGAAAGAAAGAAAGAAAAACGAAAGACUUAUGUAUAGUUAUGUAUUUUCAAAAAAAAUGGCCAAAAUAGAAACAAGUUUCUCCACAGCCUCACAUACCCCAUCACCACCACCACAAAUUGUUGAUGUUACGAACGAAGAACACAAGAAGCAAUACAAAUAACAUUAUUUGAUGUUGAACUAAUCACAGACUUGGAAAAUGGCAGUUCCUGACUGUUUAUCAUUGUGACACAUUUUGGGAAAAACAAUAAUUCUUUGAGACUUUUUGUUUUUUGAAUAUAUUUCUAAUGAGGUGCAUUUAACAUUUGAUUAUUUUCUCGGGGAAAUAUUCCUCGUUUUUUUUUCUUUUGCAAUAAAUAUUGUGUUGUGGCCUUAA